AUAGAAAAAAAAAGAAACCAUCAAAUAGAUGUCGACCGAAGAAUUAUUGUCUGCUCUCCGUGAAAUAAGGUGUAAUGAAUGAUACAGACUUUGAUCUUCAAUUUGACAUGAUGGAGAUGGGUCACGACAUUCACACAGCUCUGAGCGAGGGAGAUAUGGGAGCCCUGAAGAGACUGUUGUAUGUGGGCCAUCCGGACAUCUUUCGAACCGACAAGAAGGGCCGAACAUGUUUGCAUUUUGCGUCUUGUCGUGGAAUGACCGAUGCUGUUAGACUGUUGCUAGAAAAUGGAGCGGAUCCUAACGUUACUGAUAUAUUCGGAAAUACACCUUUGCACUGGUGUGGUCAUCUGGAAACAGUUGAUGUUCUGAUUGAGAAUGGAUCCAACGUUUUUGCUAGGAAUAAAAUGGGAGCGACUCCAAGAAUUAUGGCAGUGAGACGAGGUGUGUCAGAAGAUGUGAUUAACACAUUUGAACAGCAUGAGGUAGAAUUAAGCUCAGAAACAGAGUCAGUUACAGCAGGGGCAGAUACCAGCUUACUGACUACCAGCGUCCACACCACAUGUGCUGGACAAACUCGAGAAAAACUAGAACAGGUUCAAAGCAUAUGGUAUGAGUUCUGUAUGGACCUUGGUCCUCAGAAACUCAUUCUCUUGAUUCUGACAGUUCUACUUAUGUCGCUAUAUGUGGCAUUUACUGUCACAGGGAUCACCAAGCACAUGGAGAAACGAAUACCAAUUACAAGUGAAGGAGCUCAAAAAGUAGAGCUCUGAACAUUUAUUGUUACAGGAAUCAUCAAGAAUGUUGAGUCAUGAUUACCCAUUGCAAUUGAACUGAAGGAGCUCAAAAGUGGAGCCCUGAACAUAUUCCAUGGCUGAGAUCACCAUGCACAUGAGUCAUAUGUGGCAAUUACAAGGUACUGCAGAGCUCUGGACAUUUACCUGAGUCAUGACAAUGGGUGCCAGUUACAAGUGGGGUGGGGGAGUCUAUGGAGUGGACUUACUAGUAGUUGGGCUCUGAAUAUUUACUGUUACAGUGAAACAGGGAUCACAAUUCACACUGAAUCAUGGUGUUUGGUGCCAGUUGCAAGUGGAGGUGUCUAUAUAGUGGAGCUCUGAACAUUUAUAUUACAGAGAUCACUAAUCAGAUUCAGUCAUAAAUGUCAUUUUUAAGUUGAGAAGUCGGAAUAGAGUGGUCUGAACAAUAAUUCAGUGAAUACUGCCAUUGUCACUUUCUACAUCUCUAGAAUUGAACAUUGAUGAAAAAAAUGCUUCUGACCUGGCAAUCCCAAACAAGGAUAAAAGAUUUAGCAUCCAUAAAAGAUGUAUUAUGUCCAACUGGCUCGAUAAUGUGCUUGUCCAAAUUUUUACAUUUAUAAAUAACUUGUUGUUAAUGUUAUUUUUGAGAGACGUCAGAUUUCAUGGUAAUUGUUUUACCUGAGCUUUUAGGUCCAUCUUGUAUAAUGUAAAGUAAGCGUUUAAAUUUUUCCUUUUUUCGUACCAUUUUUUUUUUUUUUAUUGCAAUAUAUGUGCUUUUGUAAUGUCAUUUUUGUUUCAUCUUAAUUUUCGUUACUAAUUUUAUCUGACAAUUUGGGAACUGUUGUCUGUGCUCACCUUAUAAUGGUUAUAUUGUACUUAAUGUGUAGCGAUGUGUAUUUGGACUGGCAGUUGUUCACAUUUCACCAAUGUACAUGUAUCAAAUGUGGCAGGUUAAGGCCUGUUCGCAUUAUACAAUUACCGAUGGGACUGGAAUGAAUGGACCAUUUAAUUCUUUCUUUUCUUUGAAAGCCUGUAGUAAUUUAAGGCCAAAGCUGUUGUCAGUAUCAAAUUGUACGUGAUUGUAAAGUAUUAAUUUUUUUAUGUACGUGUAUACACACACAAGCAGAAUGUGUGUUUCAUAAGUUCAGAUUUAAAUGUAUAUGGAAUGAAAAGACCCAGACUUUGUCUUUUAUAGAUUUGCCCAUCUUUAACUGGACAGGAGGUUAUUUCAAGCUGUUCAUGUGACAGUAUUCUGUAUGAAGAAAUAAUAAGCUUAUGGACAUGUAAAUAUCUAAUGGUAAAGUACUUACUAGUACCGCUCCUCAGGAACUAAAGAAGAGGUCAUCAUUAAAUAAAUGUUUAUUGGGCUGUUG